UCCUACGUGAGCCGUGCUUGGAACACAUUUGUGAAGUGCCGCCGAAAGAGGAUUCAUUGAUGAGAAUGAUUCCCGGAACUUCUCGUUGGUCACAACUACGACGUUGGUUCCUUGGUACUCGGAUAGUGUCACGAAAGCAUCCAUUCGUGCAAUACUUCCUGAAGAGCACCCAGGCGGCCGAUUAUGAGAUUAGUCGACACCUCAAGUCCCAUCCCAACAUGAUCCAUCCUUUCAGUAAUUUCAGAAUAUUUUGGGAAUCUGCGAUGACGCUAUUUAUUAUAGUGGCUUUAAUGAUCACUCCUGUCUUUCUCGCAUUUUAUUUCGACGAACCUGAGAAAUGGUAUCUUUUCAACCUUGCGAUCGACAGCGUAUUUAUAUGCGACAUUGUGAUCUGGUUUUUCACCGGUCAUUAUGAUUGUCAAACGCAACUAAUAAUUUUGAAUCCAAGGAUCGUAGCAAGCAAAUAUCUGCGGGGUUUCUUCGUCAUAAAUGUGUUGCCAGUGCUACCCUUGGAAUUUUUCAUCGUGCUUUUCAAAUCAAUGUGGUACUUGGCGGCAUUGAACUUUCUGAAGAUACUUUGGAUGGGAACGGUCAUCAAAUACUCUCGCCAACUUUAUUAUGUUUACGAAUUUAAUUUCCUUCUAUACAAGAUAGCGGAGAUUAGCGUCAUCAUCAUCAUAUGCAUGCACUGGGCUGCUUGUCUGGAGUAUUAUUUGCCGCUGGCGGUCGCCAAGAUGGUUGGACAAAAUGAUGCAUCAUGGAUACGAUCGCCUUACAUGCUGAAAAGGAAAACAAAAUUCCAGAUUUACCUAACGUGUGUUAACAGAGCUAUUAUUGCCUUAACUACAUCCACGCAUUAUUUGGAUGUCAGAGCCCCAGAGGAUAUUAUAUAUAAUAUGAUUCUCUCCGUCCUCGGAUUGCUUGGAUUUAUUUAUAUGCUGGCGCAAAUCUUGCAGUUAAUGAUGACGAUUCAUUCCACUCGUAAGAGACAUUCACAAUUAAUUGAGCAGUUGCAACAGUACAUGUCGUACAAGGAAUUGCCGCAUUCCUUGCAGCGGCGAUUGCUAUUUUAUUACAAUUACCGCAACAAAAAGGGAUUCGAGAGAAACAAGAUUAUUAUCAACCACGCAUCGCCCUACUUGCGAGAAAAGCUUCUUCUGCACAAUUAUCGCCGAUUGCUGAAUGAUGUGGAUCUGUUCAAAAAUUUGACGGAGAUAAUGAUAGCACAAUUUGUCGGUGCCAUACGCUCCGAGAUUUUUAUGGCAGACGAUGUGUUAGUUAGAGCUGGUGCGCGCGGUGAUGCUUUGUACUUCAUCGCCUACGGCACCGUAGUCGUCUAUAACAAUGUAGAGAAAGAGAUCUGUCACUUGGAAGAUGGGGCGUACUUCGGCGAGUUGGCUCUGCUGAUGGAAGAAGAGCAUUGGAUCGCGAGCGUCAUCGCCGUGGAAAUUUGCGAGGUCCACAUAUUGUCGCGUACCGACUUUCAAAACUCCCUGAAGUCGUAUCCCAAUUUCCUAGCGUAUUUGCAAAAUAUCAUACUCGCGCGUGUGGAGCAGACGUCGUUACUCGAGAAAGCUCGCGAGCCGGACUCGCCGAUGACGAUGACCGGAAAUAUCAAUAUCAGCAGUAUAAAAAGAAAGAAGAAAGCUUAAGGCGAAUGUUGUGAAAAUACUCAUCCUCGGCCUGAUUAGAAGCGGCGAGCCUUUCGUUUUUGCGGGUUCCUGUAUGACUGCUGGUACACGGAC